UGCGAAAACGCCGACAGGCAGGAUGGUGAAGUGCGGCACUGGGAAUCGAGGUGACCGGUCUUUCACGAGCGAACGGUCGAGUGUGAAUCGAACCCGAGAGCUCCACCUCCGAAUAUUAUCCCCGACUAUUAUCGUAGUCGACGGUUCGUAUUAUCUCAUCGGUCCAUGUGUACUCGUGUCCAGCACACUCGGCCAGAUUGCGCGUGAACAUGCGCGAGUGGGUGUCUUCUGUGCGUGUGGCAUUAAUUUACGGGAUAAAUUCGCGAUAACUGUAGAGAAUCGUAUUGUGCUCUGGUCGCCGCGUGUCCAGCGUGUUGUGCCUGGACUCUUUUGUCAUGCAGAUGGUCUCGCAGUUUUGCUCUCAACGGCGCGUGCCGCCUUUCGUCACGGGAUAUUAUUCGGCUUCGUGGUCGGAUCCAGAAAGAGUAACGGCCUUGAAUUACCCGGCACGCCGAGAACAGUUUAACACGGUUCGCGUUUCUUCUUCUAUGUAUAUUGUUGCGCCUUGCGGAGGAUCGUUUGGACAUUGUCCGAGAAUUAACGUAGUCGACGUCGAGGCGUUGGCAAGGUCACGAGGGAGGAGCUGAGGUCAUCGCUGCACCUAUGUUGUGCGGCGAACUCCUGAACGGUGGCUUCGUCAGUACCGGAGCGGUACCGGUGAUUCCCUACGGUCUCUUAGGAUUCUGGUUGCCCGGCUGUCUACGUGCUACCAGCCCGACUUCUCUCAACUCGUCUUAUCUGACCCUGUUGGCCGAACUUCUGGCCACGGGCCACUUGGAUCAUCGAAGCGAGCUGAUGGACCUCGCGAAGAGGAGCCAUCAGGCUCCGACCAACGGGGCGGUCGACCUUGACCUCGACCUGCACGCUGACGAUAUCGACGAGAACGUUUUUCUCGCAGCCUUCUGGCUAGAAUAAAACUCUCGUUGGAACGCAACUACGAGUACCGGAGUUACGGAGAUAGAAGAAGUUCACAAAGAGUUUCAAACUUGAGACCUCAGUCAGACAGGUUAAGUUCGCACGCUACAACGUGCUCAAAGUUAUCUACCCUCGAACAAAACGGAGGCUGCUGCUCCGUCAGCUGA